ACAAUGGCACGGUUGUAUAAUUGGGACGUCAAGAAGAGGAAGGAAAAGAAAUGAUCUGAUAAACAUUUUUGGACUUUUUUGAUGUCAUCUUUUUAAAGGAUGUUUACGAGAAGGACAAAAACUAACAAUAAACAUCGAUCUCGAAAACUUUUUAUUAUUUUUAAAAUAAAACGGAAAUACAAAAUGUCCUUUUCGUCAAUCCUUCUUAUCUUGCUUUAAUACUUGAGAAGUGAAAUAUUGCAGAUGAAACUAAAAUGGCCGAAUACAAGAUGGCCGUCAGACCUCGUGGUUUCCGGUAGAAAUAUAGGAACUAAAUCCAAACCAGCCAUAGAUCCAGUUCAAGAAGCAUUACUCUCUGAACCCUGCAUACUUGUCGAUGAACAAGACAGAGCAAUUGGACAGGCGAGUAAAAAGGACUGCCACAGAAUGGUUGAGGGAGGUUCUCUUCUACAUCGUGCAUUCUCUUUAUUCAUAUUCAACAACAAGGGGGACCUACUCCUACAAAAGCGGAGUGCCACCAAGAUAACAUUUCCGAAUAUGUGGACGAACACGUGCUGUUCCCACCCUCUGGUGAUGGGGGAUGAGAUGAAGGAGGAGAACGCCUGGGGGGUCAGGUUAGCCGCCCAGAGGAAGGUCAACUCAGAGUUAGGAAUUGCUGAAAGCGAAGUGCUCCCGGAAAACAUUCAGUAUUUAACCAGGAUCCUGUAUUCAGCACCAUCUAGCGGAGACUGGGGAGAACAUGAACUAGAUUAUAUUCUACUACACAGAGGAGAUGUCCUUACUAUACCAAACCCUGAGGAGGUCAGUGAGAUAGAAUGGGUGUCAAGAGAUAAACUCCCUGAGUUCUUGAACCAUGUUGAGAAUACAGGGGGAGAAAUUACACCUUGGUUCCGUCUUAUCACACAGAACCUUCUUCCAUUGUGGUGGAAAAACUUGGACAACAUUGAGAAGCAUUUUGAUCACACAACUAUUCAUAAAUUUACAUAAAUUUAGGCGUAUAAAGUAAUUAUUUCAAUGGCGUAUAAAAUAUAUAUGGGGGUAAUUUUCUAGGAAAUAUAAUGUAAAUCCUGUAUACGCCCUUAAUUGAACUGUAUUUUGAAUUUCACAAUUUUAUGAGUUAAAUUUAUUUUGUAACUUUGUAUUAGUAUUAAAUAUGAUAUGAUAAGUUGUUAUUAUUUGUAUUAUAAAGUGAGUAGAAAGAUUUUUACUUGUACGUCAACUUUUCCAUUUACAAGUUUUACUAUGCUCGAUUUCAACCUGAUAUUGUAACAGUAGGUUAAAUUUUCACAAUCUGCGAAAAUCUUCGAAUUGUGCCUUAAUUUAAGUUCAGUAUUAAUAUAAAAAAUAUAUUCUAGUACCAGUUUA